AUGAAUCCCAACAGGAGUCACAAUGGCAUUCAGCUCUUGCUAGCUGCAGAACAAGAAGCCCUAAAUAUUGUAAAUGAUGCCAAAAAUGCAAAAACGUCCAGGCUUAAACAAGCAAAAGAAGAGGCCAAUAGGGAGAUUGCUACAUACCGUGCUGAAAUGGAGGCUGAAUUUCAGAAAAAAGUUGCAGAGUCCAGUGGAGAUUCUGGUGCUAAUGUUAAACGCCUACAACAAGAGACUGACGGUAAGAUUCAGUACUUGAAAUCAGAGGCUGGAAGGGUAUCCAAUGAUGUUACGGACAUGCUUCUAAAACAUGUGACAACUGUUAAGAAAUAA